AUGUCAGCAGGCGUGUCAGAUCAGCGGAUGAAAGGGCAAGGGAACCAAGUGACAAAUGUACCUAAAGAGCAACAGUUAGAAAGUGGUGGCGACGAGUUAGCGGAGGUGUCAUGGCGUCACCAGCAGCAACCGUCCUAUGCUCCACCGAUCUCAUCAGCAGCAGACCCCUACAGCGCGGCAGGUUAUUAUGGUACUACAGCACUUCCUUAUCAGGCCUUUGGUGUUGGGGAUGGAACAUGGUCCACCAAUGGAACAGACCCAAUGACUUUCCUUGGAGGAUACAAUCCUCACGAUUCUUAUGGCAUGGAUGGUAGUGUCUUCGGACCAUCCACUACGCCAUUUUCAACAGCUGCAUUUGGACAGCCAUCGACUUUUAACUAUUUCCCUGGAAAUGGUGAUUACUCUACAUGGGGUCAAUUAGGACGUGCUAAGCAAUAUGAUGAUUACUACAGAACUGAUGGAUUGUAUGUCCCCGACGGGAUUAAAGCCGUGGAAACAGGUGUACAAGCACUAUCUCUCGGCGAGCACAAUAAGGUCGAUAAAGACCGCACGCCAGAGCUUAAAGACGUUUCAAGUGGACCGCAACCCAAAAAGAUGACGUGGGCCUCGAUCGCGAGCCAACCGGCCAAACCGGCCCCGUCUUUGCAGAGUGGAGGACUUAAGAAGAAGGGGCCCGGUAUGCCGCCUCCACCAAUAGUGCCAGGGAAACAUAAUAUGGACAUUAGUACGUGGGAUGCAGGGAAGAGCGCUCCGGUGGUGACGGCGCCGCCUCCGCCGCCGCUGCAACCGCCGCCAGUGCCUGCUCCAUUGCCGAUGCCGCAGCCGGCCCCGGCGCCUGCGCCUACUCCCAUGCAACGUGGGCCGCUCCCGCAACAUCAGCCCCCUCCAGCCUGGACCCAUGCCCCCCGUGCGCCCCCACCGCACCAACCACGCCCCCCACACCCUACUCCUGUCCCCGCUCCCGUGAUCGUGAAUCCAUCUCCUCAAACAGCACACCCCGUACUAGAAGAGCUGCGCGUAAAAAAUGAAUAUAAUCCGAAAGAAUUCGAUCUUAGCGCGCCUCUUGCACGAUUUUUUGUAAUAAAAUCUUAUUCGGAAGAUGAUAUUCAUCGUAGCAUCAAAUAUGAAAUAUGGUGUAGUACGGAACACGGUAACAAACGGCUUGACUCUGCUUUUCGGGACCGCGAACGGGAAGGUGGUGCAGUGUAUCUAUUUUUUUCAGUGAAUGGCAGCGGCCAUUUCUGUGGAAUGGCCCGCAUGAUUAGUGCCGUAGAUUAUAAUUCCAACUCAAACGUGUGGUCGCAAGACAAGUGGAAGGGACAAUUUCGCGUUAGGUGGAUAUAUGUUAAAGACGUUCCUAAUGUUCAGCUCCGUCAUAUCAAAUUAGAGAACAAUGAAAACAAACCAGUGACAAACUCUCGCGAUACUCAAGAAGUUCCGCACGCAAAGGGGCUUCAGGUGUUACGUAUUAUGCAUAGUUAUUGUCAUUCCACUUCUAUUUUUGAUGAUUUCAUUCACUAUGAGCGUCGUCAAGAAGAGGAGGACUCUCGCAAAGCACCACCUCAUCACGCAGUGCCAGAUAACGCUCGUGAAGAUCACGAAGGUGGCCGUGGAGGAGGUGGUCACCGAAAUUAUCGGGACUUCAGAGAUGGACAUCAACAUGGGCGGGAUGGACGUGAACAUCGUGAUGGACGAGAACCAAGGGAAUAUCGAGACGGACGGGAGCCACGGGACCCUCGCGACGUGCGGGACCCACGGGACCACAGAGACGACCGUGACGGACGUGAUAAUCGGGACCAUGGCUAUCGUGAUCGCGAUUCAGGUUAUAGACCUCAUCAUAAGGACCGAGAUGGUUCACGUGGUCGUGGUCGUCCUCGCAAC